AUGGCUUCGAUACUCUCAUACGUCCCGGUCAUCAACCGGUUCUUUUCCCGCAAUGACGGAACUCGCUCCAUCGAUAUCCCACCGGUCGAGGUUCACAAUGUGGAGACGGCGCCUGAGAAGCGACCGAGGACACUGAAGCACCUCCUGAAGGCAAACCAUGUCAACCACUCGAUCCUGUAUCAUGACUUGGAGUUCCACAAUCACCUGCCGCACAUUUUGUGCUCAGCAUACCUGCUUGGCGCAGAUGACAAGCAGCUGCACAAGAUUUACGACGUGGAAUCCCAAGAGCUUGAGCCGUGGAAGCCGUCACCUGCCGAGGUGACCAGGGAUGACUGGCGAUACUUCCUGGGCCACAAGGACUAUCAGAGGGCCUACGUCGACUUCUUCGAGGAUUCGCUGGUUGACCACGGCUAUAAAUGGAAGAAGGUGGUGGAAGAGUACAUGUUCGGUGGUGAGGAACCACUGGUGAACUGCCUCAUCGGCGGCCUUGGUCACCCGCUCAUCCAUCUCGGGUACGCGUUUGAGAUGGACAACAAGGAGCUCGGCAUAGAGGCCCUUGCGAUGACCGCAACGCAGUACAAUUUCCUUCACAAAUACAUUGACGAUCCAUCAUACUCCAAGCCGUCAUCCUUCAGCUCUACUUCGCCAUUGGAGCUCCUGGGAAAGAUGGCCAGCGACGAGCGAUUGAAGGGCCUCUUCAAGGAACCUGGGUUCGACAACGUCGAUCCUUUCUUUGAGAAGCACGAGGAUCUCCUCGUGGAGUAUUGGAAUGCCUGGAGCCUUGAGAACCCGGUCAAACAAUUCCAGGAGUCGCAAGAGGCAGCGGUAGCACUCCUCGUAGCUACAGUUCCGCCUGGGACGCACUCCUAUAACUUCUUUGUCGUCCACCUCCUGACCACCAGCCACGCGGUUAGGAUACUACUUCCAGUCAUCCCGUCCAAGUUCCAUAUCAACAUGGUGCGAGAAUGGUGGCUGUUGACUAUCGCUGUCUACGCAGCCGAGCUCUGUCCGAAGAUUGACCUAGACUACAUCAAGCAUGAGGAAGGGGUGGCUGGGAAGCAGUGGAACUACGUUGAAGACAAGGCAGUCAAUGGACCAUACGCGACCGACUCGCACUUUGUGAAAGCCGUUCGAGCAAUGAGGGAAGCAGCUCGAACUUGGGGAGAUGUGCAUGAGCACUACUUGGCUGCCGCCGUACGGUUCGUUGAUGACUUUGAGGGCUGGGCAUUCUAA